CUUUUUUUUAACCUUCCUUAGCUCGGGUGAGGAUCUCCCGCGCUUGCUUCUUCUGCUGCUGCCCAGCGCCCGGAGACAGGCCUAGGCCAUGGGUUUCGGAGACCUGAAGAGCCCCGCCGGCCUCCAGGUGCUCAAUGAUUACCUGGCCGACAAGAGCUACAUCGAGGGGUAUGUGCCAUCACAAGCAGACGUGGCAGUAUUUGAAGCAGUCUCUGGCCCACCACCUGCUGACUUAUGUCAUGCCCUCCGUUGGUAUAAUCACAUCAAGUCUUAUGAAAAGGACAAAUCCAGCCUUCCAGGAGUGAAAAAAUCUUUGGGCAAGUAUGGUCCUGCCAAUGUGGAAGACAGCACAGGAAAUGGGGCUCCAGAUGCUAAAGAUGAUGACGACAUUGAUCUCUUUGGAUCUGAUGAUGAGGAGGAAAGCGAAGAAGCAAAGAGACUACGGGAAGAACGCCUUGCACAAUAUGAAUCAAAGAAAGCCAAGAAGCCUGCAGUUGUUGCCAAAUCUUCCAUCUUACUAGAUGUAAAACCUUGGGAUGAUGAAACAGACAUGGCCAAAUUAGAAGAAUGUGUUAGAAGCAUUCAAGCAGAUGGCUUGGUCUGGGGCUCUUCUAAAUUGGUUCCAGUGGGAUAUGGAAUUAAAAAGCUUCAGAUACAGUGUGUAGUUGAAGAUGAUAAAGUGGGGACAGAUAUGCUGGAGGAACAAAUCACUGCUUUUGAGGACUACGUGCAGUCCAUGGACGUGGCUGCUUUUAACAAGAUCUAAAGACCCAUCCUGGAUUACUUAAAUAAAACCUUAAAAGAUAA